UGUGCUUUCCUUCCAGAAUAACUCGGAUUUCCUGCAGGAAUGCCAUCCUACCUGUAGGGAAACCUGAAGAGUUCUUUUUUCCUGUUCUGUAACAAAGGUCAUUUAUUCUCUCUAUACUGUUCAGCCAGUUCAUAUAUCCUUAAGUGAGCAUGUAGAAGCCAAAUUUUGCUGUCUUAGUUUGCCUUCCAGAACAUGGAAAUGUACCUUCUUUGGAGUGACUGUUCGGUUGUAGAUGUAAUUCCAUAAAGGCUUUUGCAGCAUAAGGCAUCUCCUUCUCCUCAAAAACAAACUUCCAAACCAGAGCUUUCUAUUUCUUUUUAGCCAAGAAUAAAAUGUGGUUUAAAGACCAGGAAAAAAAAAAGAUAAGAGAAUAAAAGUUUUUCAGCUAGCUUGGAAUUAAAGGCCAUGAAAAUAUUUUUUUAGAUUUUUGAUCUUUUUGAUCUUGUUUUCCCUUGAGAUGGGUCCAACUCCUCGCUGAUUAUUUUACCUGCUGGGUAAAAGUAACCUGAGGGGUUUUUCACUGUUGAAGAAUUUUCUUUGGGCUUUCACUUGUAGAUCUCAACAAAUGUAAAAAGGCUGAUAGAGUUAGAAAAACAGCCUUGUCUGAGUAGAAAAAUGGGUGAUAUUUCAGAUAAGUAACUAGUCUGGGAAAUGCAUAUGUGCAAGGAGACAGUUAAAAAGUGUGGAAGGGUCUUCCCUCCUGCUUCUUCGCGUAUGGAAUUAGCAGUGACACUGUUGGGCAGUGUCACUGCAGGUUACUAAGAUAGCUUUGGCUGACUAUUUCAUUAACUGAUCAUGGGAAUUGCAAGUUCUUCUCCAACUGAGGUGACUUGGCAGGAAAGCAGGGACACUUUGUGUGCAAAGUCGUGGGACUUGUGGCAUUUUCAGCAACAAUUCUCUAUCGAGUUUAAGGAAGCACAUUUGCAGCAUGGUCGGGCUGCAGCUGAAAAGUUUUUUACAUCUACAGCUUGACUUCAGCAGAAAGAUACCAUGUUCAGUCCAGUGCCAACACUUCAUCUUUCCCUUCCAGUUAGAAGGAAAUAUUUUGCCAUGUUUCUGGCAUUUGGGCUUUUUUUUUUGUCUUGUUCUUGUUCAGGCAGCUGCUCCCUGCCAGAUAAAACUUGCAUUUUUGUGCAGCUCAGCUGAAAGAGCCGUGUGGGAGGAGAUUCUUUGAAUCGUCAUCUAGGAGGAAAUGGCAGUGAAAUUUUGUUGGUGAAAUGACAGCUGAUGAUGUAGUCAUAUUAUUCAUAGAAUCAGAAUAGAAUCAGAGAAUUAUUUAGAUGGGAAAAGCCCUCAGAGAUGGAGUCACUCUCUCACUGCCAAGGCCACCACUAGCCAUGUCCCCCGUACUGCAUCCAUAUGGCUUUUAAAUCCCUUCAGGAAUGGGGACUCCACCACUGCCCUGAGCAGCUGGGUCAAUGACUGGCUACCCUUUUAGGGAAGAAAUUUACCCUGAUAUCCAACCUAAACUUCCCCUGGUACAACCUGAAGCAAAAUUGUGACAGUUGCUACUUACCAGGAGUUUCUUGGUAUCUCUGAAUUUCUGAAUUAGGCAGGAGGAGACAGGAACUCGGGUUUGGGAAUCUAAACUUGUAUAUGACUGUGUUUCAUCCCAGCUUCCCUGCCUGUGGAAUGGGGAUAACCUGGGCUUUCCUCUUGGAGCAUUUCCAAACCUUUUUACAUCUCCCAGGUGUGAGUUGUUUUAUAUAUCUGAGCUCUUGACCCACUUCCCUGCCUUUUGCAGUUGAAAACAAAGUGGUACCAUAAUUAUGUACUGAAGAAAUUUUAUUUGACGUGGAUUAUCUCUUUGCUAAAUUUUCUCAACUGGCUUUCAGAAUGAGAUAAACAUUUGCUGUCUGUGCAGGAUAGCGAGAUUGGGCUUUCCUCUUUGGUACCCUUGGUGCUCUUGCAUUUUAUGUUUCUCCAGAGGAGGCUGUCAUUUCUGUGUACUAAAACCCUAACUCAUCCUGUCCAGCUGUCUUUCUGUCACAAGCAAGUCUGUUGCUUGUAAGCACACACAGUGGGAGGGAAACUCCUACCUGAGGCAUGUGCUGACAUGCAGCUUCCCCGAGCCAGGGCAGAAGGAGCAGGCUCCGGGAGGCAGCAAACCUGGACAGUUUGUGGAGAGAAGAGAAGAUACCAAACCUGAGAGAAGAGAAGCUGCAAGAAGAAAAGACAUCUGAGGAUCUGAUUCACAAGUUCAUUCUAGAUGACAUGGACGUAGGGAAAAGAAAAAUGGAGGAACAGCAGAAAAAGGAUGAAUCUGUAGUGCUGAAAGGGAACCAAGACUGUUUUCCUGAACGUCUCUCGGAUUCCGAGAAUGAAGAACCAUUCCAGGGCAAGCAAACACAUCGGUCAGCUUUUGUUUCCAAGACCAGUGCCUACUCCUUUGCUCUCCUUUCAGGGAAUUUAAUCUCCAAGGUGGAGAGGAGUCAGAGCUGCAACGACACCAUUCAGGAGAGAUCCAAGAGCAGGCAGAGAUCAGCCCCAGCCAUCAAAACAAAGGUGCUGCCCGCCACGGGCGCGUCGACGCCGCUGCUCGGGGUGCUGUCGUCCACGCAGAACAACCGCUGCCUGUCCGCCCCGGACCUGACGGCCGAGAAGCGCCUGGUCCUCAACGCCGUGUCCUCCCUGUCAGCCCUGCACAGGCCGGAGCGAUCCAUCAGCCCCGAGAGCAACGACAGCAUCUCAGAGGAGCUCAACCACUUCAAGCCUAUCGUCUGCUCCCCGUGCACUCCCCCAAAGAGGCUUCCCGAUGGCAGAGUCCUGAGCCCCCUCAUCAUCAAAUCCACCCCCAGAAACCUGAACCGGAGCCUGCAGAAGCCAACAACCUAUGAGGCCAGUCCUAGAAUACUGAAAAAAUGGGAGCAGAUAUUUCAGGAGCGUCAGAUCAAAAAGACUCUCUCUAAAGCAACCCUUACAUCCUUGGCUUCAGAGCCUGGGGAAGACAUUGUGGUUCCUGAUAUCACCAGCUCCAACAGUUGCACUAAGGAGCAGCCACAAGUGCAGGAUGAUCACCUUCCACCUGACGCAACAGGAGAGCCUCGCCCUGAGCUGGAUUUCUUCCCUUCCGUCAGUGAAAUGAAGCUGGGAAGAGGGAGUGAGAAGAACAGAGGUUCACAGGCCUUAACCACUGAUGACAGUGCUGCUGAACCAGAUGUGAGAUCAAACAUAACCUCCCUAAACAUAACCUCCCUAAACACACGAGUGGCUGAAGUCCCUGAUCUAAAAGUGAAUACAUUCACGGACAAAUCCUGUCUUAGUCUAGGCCCAAAACUGCUGAGCAGGAGACUCAUGGGUGUCAGCACAUCGCUGCCUGACAGCAGCACGCUCGGAGUCCCCAUCAAGCCAUCGGGGAAAAAGCAGCUGAAGUACCUGAACAACAGCGAGUUGAUCAACGUACAGAACAGCACCUGCAAUUCCGUGGGGAACAUCAUCGGGGAACAGCCGCCGCUGCUGCGACGGGGCCGCAAGAGACGCUGCAAAACAAAGCACUUGGAGCACAACGGCUCCGUCAAAAGACUGAGGCACGUGGCAGGGGAGGUGGGCCUGCCUCCGGAGGUUCGGGACGUGGAGCAGAAGCUCCAGCAAGAGGAGGAGGACAGGAGGUUGGCCCUGCACCUGCAGCGGAUUUUCGACAGCGAGAACAGGACAGUGGAUAGACGGAAAGUCCGUGUGGAUCGGUAUCUGCUGCGGUCCAAGAGCACUCUGGGUGCCAAGUAGCACUGCUGGAUGAUGUUGCCUUUCUAGAGGACAAUGAAGUUUAUCAGAUUAUCUUAUAGGAAAACUAUUUUUUGCCCUAGUUCCACCCACGCAAUUGUUUUUCUGUUUCGGUGGUAAGACAUUUCUAGGUCCAGUUCAGAGAAAAGCCAGCGUCCUUUCAGAUUUAAAAAAACAAAAAGAGAGAGAGAAUGAGAAAAAAAAAUCCUCCAGUCCUCUCUGGUCCUUUGGUCUGAAGGAAUUGUCUGUCAUCCCUGUGAAUACACUGCAAGGCCUCCACACACAGCCUGGCACACCUGGGAUCCCCAGCUAGGAGGGUUGUGACCAUGGGGUAUGAGGACCAUCCCUUGCAAAGGGAAAUCUGAGCUCUGCUCAUGGAAAUUGUCUGAGAGUCUUCUCCUCUCUGCCUGCCCCAUUUUCUCCCUCAGGCUACCUCUGGUUGUGGGGUCAGCCUCUUAUCUGUGCUCUGUAUUUCUUCUGGGGAGUCCUAAACAGAGUCCUCCCUAGUACUUCCAAAUGAAUGUAUCUCACUGUCUGCAGCAGCAGUACAGAUCAUUCAUCACUUUCUUGAAGCAGAAAGCCAAAUGCAGUGAAAAGACAUAAAAUAAGGAUUUUACUGAAAAAACUGGUAGGAAUUUGUAAUUUCGUGUUCAUGACAGGGGAGAGAGCCCAGCUGGAGCAACACACUGAGCACUGUGAGCUUUUCUCCCAGUGCAUGUCUUUUCCAAACCAAGAGGGUUUCCUGCUUUUCCCUAUAGUGUUCAAGAAAGGGAGACGCUGGCCAGGGAGUUUCUGGAAGGACGUUCUCCCAGCUGCCACAUCUCUUGCUCAGCUAAGAGCUCUCAGCACUCCUAAGGCCUGUCCUUGCAUGUUCCAGAGGAGCACCCAAGAGAUCCAGCACGUUGCUGUGCUCUCCAGGCAGGCGAGAUGGGACGGGAGCCCAGCUGUCCCAAGGGCUGCCCUGCCCCUGCUCCACCUUCCUGCCUUCAGGCUCAAACCAGUAAGAAAGCUCAGGUGAGCCAUACACUAAAAACUUCCAGGCAUGAAGCCGAGGCUGGUGCAGAGCUGGCUCAGAGCCUGGGCUUGGUGGAGCAUGUGUUCUCUGCCCAGAUGUGCCAGGCUGCCCUCUGAGUGUUUGUGACCCUCUUCCAUGGAUUAAUUUCAUGGAUUAUUUCCAGUAACGUGGCUCAGAAGGUACCCUUCCAACUUCCAGUUGCUGCCUUGCAGAGUAUUCACUGGGACCCUGAGGCCAUGGGGACCUUUGUCUGGGGCAGGGGUGUUUUUGGGAUGAGCACAGUGCAGGGGCAAACUUCCCUAUGGAUCUUGUGAAGGGAGGGCAGCCAAUACACAUAAAUGCACAUAAAAAGACUGCUGCAUUGCCCAAUUUCCUCUAUCUAAAAAUGGUUGAAUUUUCUCCCUCCAUCUUAAACAGUCAAAAAGAAAACAGGAACUGCAAGGGCCCUGGCAGGCGCUUUUUUUUUCCCUUAAUCGAACUGGAUUUAAAAAAAAAAACAAACAAAAAAACCAACAGAAAAGAAAAAAGAAAAAAAUAAAUCCUAUAUUUUAUUGGGUAAAAUUUAUAUAUUUUAAAUACUAUAUUUCAGCAGAUCGACACUUUUGUUUUGAGAAAUCUUAUAGCAGUGAUUCCAUAAUAUAUAUCUCUAUCUCUGUAUCUCCUUGCCACACAAACUGCUGGAUGGUUGAAGUUGUACCUGGGGUGGUGAGACCAGGCCUGCUCUGCCUUCCCGGCACUCCGGGCCCUCCUGCGCCGCAGCCUUGGCAGGUGCUGCUUGAAAGGGCACUUUGGACCCAAACCAAAACCUGCUCCUCUGUCCAGAUGUGAAUUAAAAGGAAAUUAAGGAAUCAGAGCCUUGACUGGACCUAGAAGAACAGCACAGAGAGAAGUAGUGAUGGCCUGGAUCUGCCCUUGGAGCUCAGGAGGGAACACCACAGCUUUAACUCAGAAUCCAUGCUGUUUUUCCCAACAUUUUGAGCUGCAGUAUGCACUUCCCUGGUGCAUUUAGGUUUAGAAUUAUUUUUACAGGCCCCCUUUUCUGCAGCUCAUCCCUGGAGCCCCAAACAGACUUCCCUACACAGUUCUCUUUUUUCUCGUGGUGUUUGUGGGGGUUCAGCUGGGCCUGGGCUGCUUACACCACAAGAAAAAUAGAUUUACACGCUGAAUGUAUCUUUUCUUUCCCCUCUUAAAACAGAUUUCACAGCCCAAUGCACUAGGCCAGUGUCUUAAAUACCUUCCUUUGAAAAGAUUCUGGAAAUACUGAGGGGGUUUGUGCAUUAAUUUCCUGGUCCCAAAUCCAAGCUGGGCAGAAGUGAAGGAGGCAGUGCCUGGACUGGAGCUUGUCCCCAGCCAAAAACAAGCUUCAUGGGACCUCUCAUGCUCCCAGCUGCCCCCAAAAUAGAGAUCCCAGCUCCCCAAGCAUCACGCACAGGCCAUGGCAUCUGUGUUCAAAGAGACCUUUGGAUGUGGAAUCACAAUCAUGUCGUGGAAGGGUGGCGGCAAUGCAAAGCCAGGAUGAAUGUUUUAUUAAUUUAACACUCUAGAAGUUUGUGUAAGCUUGCACAAAACAACAAAAAUUGUAAAUAAUUACACUCAAAAGGGCAGGAAUGCCCAGCCUCUCCCCUGUAAAGGUCAGAAAUGACACCACCUUUACCAGAAAUUGUGCCAGCUGAGAAGGAAAAUACCUCCUGCUGAAUGGUGGAUGCAGCACGAGAUGAAACCAAGUAUUUAUUCACACUUCUCUAAAAGUCCUUUGUAACCCUCAGCUGCCUUCCCCCCCGGAUGAAGGCAUUCCUUGCUGGCUGUGGGACGGGCAUGCGAGCGUCUUCCCAAAAUGUGAAGCUGUCCAAUCCAGAGGGGCUGGGGUUGGUUCCAUGACAGAAGGACUGUGUCUGCCAAAGAUGCCACCGACUCCCAGAAAGCUGCUUUCUGACCCUCUGGAGCUCUCUGGCCAGGAAAAGCCGUACAGAAAGCUCCAUGUUUGGAGUCAGAGAGAUGAGAUAAAUGAAGGAAAAGUGCCAAAAGGGAUCACGCCAGGUGAUUGUAUGACGUUGUUCUAUAUUGUCAGUAUUUCUCUUCCAAUGCUAUUGUACAUGCAGUGCACAGCAGUCAUGAAGUGUAUAGCUUGAGCAAGCGCUUCUUUGUAUUUUCUCAGUGAAAGCAAAGGGGGAGGUUGAAGCCUUAAAGACUCUCACUGAUCUUAGAAAACAAGCCUUUAGCAAUGCUCCGAUGGCAGAGCUCCUCCUGGGCCUGUCCUGUCUGCCAGCUGGCCAGCGGAAGGUUGGCAAAGAGCUCGUCCCACACACACGAGGGGAAGCGUUUCGGGAGAGCCCGGAUCCUCUGGCUCUGUGGGGGAUGCGGGACAGAAACUCCCACUGUCCGUGGUGGAGCCCCACGGGACGUCCCGGGGAUGGAAGCGCAGCACAGAGCGGGGAUGAUCCCCGCAUGCACCGCCCUGUCCCCUCUCCAUGUCUGUGGAACUCCAUCCCCUCUGGAGUUAGCUCCUCACUAUGCAAACAGGAAAACCUUCAGCUGGGCAUGGACGGGGGGGGGAGCGCCUGGUUUCCUUGGGAUUUGCUGUCGAACUGUUCAAAACCAAUCUCGAUGUCGCUACACUUUUUCUCCAGUAACGCUUUAAAUCGUUGUGCUUUCGUGUUCUCCACUCGCCAGCACAGCACUGGCUGGCCACAGACUCUCACAGUCGUUCUGGUCCCCGCUGAACCCCCAUGGCUUCACCUGAAUGUGUUACAAAGCAAUGGAAGGCACCAAAGGACCGCUGACUUGCAUGUGUGAAAUGUGUGAGUGGAAUGACAUGCAGGCAUCUGUCAUGUUGUGGCUUCUGUUGUUCGAAACAGAGUAAAUCUUGCUUGUGAAACAAUUGUCACAAACCAGAAAUAUGCCAACAAAUGUGUACAAAUAACAGUGUUUGUUUUAACAGCAACCGGGACCUGAACUGCAGGGCAAAGGCUGAGGUUCAAACAGAAUAAAACCAGAUUCUGACAGUGAAA